CUUUUGUAUAACUUCAGGCUACGACCUUCCCCCAUCCCGCCCUCACCCCCGGACAAAGGAUCCCCCCAUCUUCUUUCCGGUACAGUGACGACUCCUGCGGCAGCCACGGGGUCUGCCCCCUACCCUGGUUCUCCAAAGGGCACAUGCCCUAUUCCAGGACACGGAGCUCAAGCCAGGCAGCAAUGCUGGGAGGACAGCCGCCAGGAGGGCCCCACGCAGGGUCGAGGCCAAGCGCCGGGCGGGGACAGUGACUGGCAGGGCGCGGACACAGUACAAGUGGUAACGCCACGUGGGCGAGUCCGGAUUGCAGUCGGUCAGGGGACCACUUAGCACUUAACAGUUUAGAGAGCUUCACGCCCCGAAUCUCAUUGGAGCCUUUGCCAAAGCCCUGCCCAGGGCCACCGAUGCCCCCAUUUCACAUGUGAAGAAGAAACCGAGGCUCAGACGAGCUUCAAGUCCCGGCAGGAACGAGUGACAGCGUCGGGACUAGAAACCGACCCUCUGCGGCCCGGCUGGCUCCCGAGCUCCUCCUCCGACCCUCCCUCUUCCUCGGACCCUCCCUCCUCCACGCUGUCCCCGGGGUGUACCUGCUGCCACGCGCCUCGUCGCAACUGCAGGGCUCCCGCCCCGUUCCCCUCUGCCGCGGGCCUCCAGGACGCAGGGUCCCGGCCCGCCGCUGGCAGCACCGCUGCGGGUGGGCCCGGCCCCGGCACCCUGAUCAGGCACCAUGGACUGGAAGACGCUCCAGGCCCUGCUGAGCGGGGUGAACAAGUACUCCACCGCCUUCGGGCGCAUCUGGCUGUCGGUGGUGUUCGUCUUCCGCGUGCUGGUGUACGUGGUGGCCGCCGAGCGCGUGUGGGGGGAUGAGCAGAAGGACUUUGACUGCAACACCAAGCAGCCAGGCUGCACCAACGUCUGCUACGAUGAGUUCUUCCCCAUCUCCAACAUCCGCCUCUGGGCCCUGCAGCUCAUCUUCGUCACGUGCCCGUCGUUGCUGGUCAUCCUGCACGUGGCCUACCGCGAGGAGCGCGAGCGGCGGCACCGCCAGAAGCACGGCGACCAGUGCGCCAAGCUGUACGACAACGCCGGCAAGAAGCACGGCGGCCUGUGGUGGACCUACCUGCUCAGCCUCGUCUUCAAGCUCACCAUCGAAUUCCUCUUCCUCUACGUGCUGCACACGCUCUGGUACGGCUUCAGCAUGCCGCGCCUGGUCCAGUGCGCCAACGUGGCCCCCUGCCCCAACAUCGUGGACUGCUACAUCGCCCGGCCCACCGAGAAGAAGCUCUUCACCUAUUUCAUGGUGGGCGCCUCCGCCGUCUGCAUCGUGCUCACGGUCUGCGAAAUCUGCUACCUCAUCUUCCACAGGGUCGUGCGAAGCAUUUCCAGGAAGAAGACUGCCCGCGGCCGCAGCCCCCCAUCCUCCACCAGCCGGGCGUCCACCUGCCGCUGCCACCACAAGCUGGUGGAGGCUGGGGAGCUGGGCCUGGACUCUGGCGAUGACAAGCUGCGAGCUUCAGCACCCAGCCUGACCCCUAUCUGACCACAGGCAGGGAAGCCAUCCUGGGGCUGCCAGUGGGGGUGCCGGUGGAGGGCUCUUACAGGUGCUGGGUGCCCCGACUCCUUGAAUCCACUAAGCUAUCCAAUUUCGUUUUUAGCAGAUAUUUUUUGAGUGCUGGGCACUGCUAUCUACCAGGGUAUAGGUCCCACCACAGGCCCAGUGGCAGCCCUCCUGGGAGAGAGACACUGAAACAAGCAAAUUAACUUCUGCCUGCUGGGGGACACUUAGAUAGCUCAGAGCAGGGCUUCAUCUAAGCCAGGUGUUUGGUUGGGAGUUGGGGUGGGGGUCAGAAGAGGCUUCCCUGAGGAAGUAAUGCUGAAGAGAGGUGAGAAGUGCUUCCUAGCAGACAGAGCAGCGGGUGCAGAGGCCAGGAGGCCACAAGAAGAGAGAUGCUUGCACCAGAUCAGAGGGAAUCCUCAUUCCUUGGGGAGAAGCCCCCAGAUUUCUGGGGUGGAAAGGAGUACUGUCCCAGCAGUGGGAGGUCCGGAGGCCUGAGAGUGAGCCUGGGAAGACCGGGGGACGCCCUGAUGGCACUGACCCCUGCUUGAGACACCCAGGGAUCCUCUAGGUCAUCAGUGCCUUCAGAGGAAACCCCUUCCCCCAAAUUCUACUCCCCCACCUUCCUCCCACAAGUGUACUCAGUCUGGUGCCAGCUUUUCAGACAUUGCUGUCAGGGACUUGAGGUGGAUGUGCCGACAGGAACGUCCCCCAGGCAGGUUCCUUGAAAUCAAUAAAGGCUAUGUUUUAUACA